AUGUCGGCCACUGCGGCUCGUCCCGACCCAUUUCGCCCGGCCAAGAGGGUCGCCGGUCAGAAGCAAGAUGUCUGGUCCAUUGUCAAUGAGGCUGCCGCCGCUUCGCCCGUUCAGCCCAUUGUGAACAUGGGUCAGGGUUUCUUUGGCUACAAUCCCCCCCAGUUCGCCCUCGAUGCGGCCAAGGAAGCUCUCGAUCGGGUCGAAUGCAACCAGUACUCUCCAACCAAGGGACGUCCUCGUCUCAAGCAAGCCCUGGCGGAUGCUUACUCCCCAUCGUUCGGCCGGACUAUCAACCCGGACACCGAGGUUGUCGUUACCACAGGAGCGAAUGAAGGUAUGCUGAGUGCCUUCAUGGGUUUCAUCGAGCCUGGCGACGAAGUCAUCGUCUUUGAGCCCUUCUUCGACCAGUACAUCAGCAACAUUGAAAUGCCUGGUGGUACCAUUCGGUAUGUUCCGCUUCACCCACCGAAGGAUGGCGCUACACGCACCUCCUCCGCGGCGGAGUGGACAAUCGACUUCGAGGAGCUGGAGAAUACGAUCAACUCCAAGACUAAGAUGAUUGUUCUGAACUCGCCUCACAACCCCGUGGGCAAGGUUUUCUCACGCGCCGAAUGCGAGCGCAUUGGCGAACUAGCUGUGAAACACAACCUGAUCAUUCUCUCCGACGAAGUCUACGACCGUCUUUAUUACGUCCCUUUCACCCGCAUUGCUACCUUGUCCCCGGAGCUUUAUGAGCGCACGCUCACCGUCGGCUCCGCUGGCAAGGCUUUCUAUGCCACCGGCUGGCGGGUGGGUUAUCUCAUCGGCCCGGAGCACUUGAUUAAGUAUGUGUCUGGCGCCCACACGCGUAUCUGCUACAGCAGUGUCUCGCCUCUUCAGGAGGCCGCCGCGGUAGCUUUCGAGCAGGCAGACAAGGUUGGCUUCUGGGACCAGAGCAGAACCGAGAUGAAGGCCAAGAUGGAGCGUUUCUGCCAGGUGUUCGACGAACUCAACAUCCCGUAUUCGGAUCCCGAGGGUGGCUACUUUGUCCUCGCAAACAUGGCUUCGGUGGAGUUGCCCGAAGAUUACCCCUUCCCUCCCCAUGUGGCCAGCCGGCCUCGCGACUUCAAGCUCUGCUGGUUCCUCAUCCACGAGGUCGGCGUUGCUGCUAUUCCUCCCACCGAGUUCUACACCGAUGCCAACGCCCACAUCGCCGAGGACUACCUGCGCUUUGCGGUUUGCAAGAAUGACGAUGUUCUCGAGACUGCUAAGGAGAGGCUUCGUGGCCUAAAGAAAUACAUCAAGCAGUGA